AGUAUAAAUAAAAUAGGAAAACAAAAUGAGUACAACAAGCAUUCAGAAAGCAGACAUUGACAACAAACUUGAAAGGGAAAAGAAUAAUUUACUAAAUUUGAAGGAAGCCUUGAAUAAGAGCAACACCAACACCAACAACAUGCUGACAAUUCUGCAAAGCUUUGAAAAUCGUCUUAGAAAACUUGAAAAUACAGUAGAGCCUGUAUACAAUGAAACUGAGAUGUUAAGAAGAAGACAAGAACAUAUAGAGAAGACUAUGGUAACCCUUGACAAUGUGCUGGGCUACUAUCAUGUGGCUAAGGAAGUUGAAGAAUUCAUAAAAGAAGGGCCUCACAACUGCGGAUUAGAAAAGUAUUUAUCAAUAAUGGACAGACUGGUGCAGGCUCAUAACUACUUCAACAAACAUAACCCAACCAGCCUGGAGCUUACAGAUGUGUGGCUGUUCAAUAACACUAAGAACAUAGAGUACAUGAAGGAUUACACCAAAGCUAGAUCAACCAUGCUGAUCAGAUCCCUGCAAGGCCAGUCCGACUAUUUCACUUCGUUUGCUGGUAAGAUAAAAGCUUCUAAAGAUACUCCUGGCAGGAAGAGUUACAGGAAAAUGGCAGUAUUGGUAGCUGUUAAAAGGCACUUCAGCCAUUCCUUUAAAAGAAGGGCAGCCACAGCACUGAUGCAGUCUCCAUUUGACCCUGGACACAGGAGACAGGGUUCACACACUGAUAUCCCAAAGGAAGAAAACCUGGAGGUAGAAGUGGACAUCUACAUCACAGAGUUGUCUGCUCUUCUUAAGCUCAUUCAGAGUGAGGCUCAGCUGAUGUCGGGUAUCAUUGCAGACAAGCAUCACAGACAGGUGUUUGAUAACAUUAUACAGGAAGGACUGGACGCUGUCGUCAAAAAUGGAGAAUUGUUAGCAAGGAAUGCAAAGAAGAGUAUAGAAAAACAUGACUUCAUCAAUGUUCUGUCGGUAUUCCCUGUGGUUAAACAUUUGAGGUCCAUCAAACCAGAAUUUGAUCUCACUCUUGAGGGAUGUGCGACACCCACCAGAGCUAAACUGACUUCUUUGUUAUCGACUUUAGGCAGUACAGGUGCAAAAGCUCUAGAAGAAUUUGCUGUUAGCAUUAAGACUGACCCAGAGAAGGCAUCAAUGCCUAAAGAUGGAACAGUGCAUGAAUUGACAAAUAGGACCAUCAUAUUUCUGGAACCACUCCUAGAUUAUGCAGACACUGCAGGAGCUAUGCUACUUCUUCAUGGAGAACAAGCAGCUCCUUCAGAGGCUGUUGAUGCUAAAAAGAGUAAACUUAAACUUGCAGACUAUAUCACCAAAACCUUGUCAGCUCUGGGUCUGAACUUGAGCAAUAAAGCAGAGACAUACAGUGACCCGACCCUGAGACCCGUGUUCAUGCUGAAUAAUUAUCACUACAUCCUUAAGUCACUCAAAAGAUCUGGUUUAUUGGAUCUUAUUCACACCUGGAAUAAAGAUGUGGGACAAUUCUAUGAGGACAGAAUCAAUGAACAAAAGAAAUCUUACUCAGAAAGUUGGAGCAGGGUAAUGCAUUAUAUCACUGAAGUGAAUGAACCAAUAUCUCAACAGAGAAUCCAGGCCAUGGAAUCUAGCAAAGAAAGGUUGAAAGACAAGGAAAAACAAAACAUAAAAGACAAAUUUUCUGGUUUCAACAAAGAGUUGGAGGACAUUCUACGAAGUCAGAAAGGAUAUGCCAUUCCUGACCCAGAAUUACGUGAACAAAUGAAGAAAGACAACAAGGACUUUAUCAUUCCUUCCUACAGAAUGUUCCUGGAUAAAUAUAAAAGACUUAACUUUACAAAAAAUCCCACAAAAUACAUUAAAUACUCUGUACAGGACGUGGCGGAAGUGGUGGAUAAACUGUUUGAUAUGUCUGCUUAAUUUGUCUAAUAAUGGUAUAUUGGCUUGUAACAAUUUGUUAUUCUUUAAGUACUUGUGAUAAUAUGAAUACUAAGCAUGAAUCUGUUGCAGUUUUAUAAGUUACAUGUAUUCAUGUAUUGCAGAUGAUAAGUGAGUAAAAUAAUAAUAACAUACAAACUAAAUCCAACUACUGGGUAAAAAUAACUAACAUGAUUUUUUUUUAUAUGAAGAUCAAAGCAAUAUUAUUGUUACAAACUUGAGAGAAAUAUGAAAUAUGUAGAAUGACUUCUGGUAUUCAGGUUCUUGAUAAUUAACACUAUCAACACAAACCCUUAUGACCAAUAAGCCCAAAAUAAAGUUGAAAAAAAAUAUUCAGAAGAAAUAUUUCUGUACGACCAAAUAUACAGAAUUAUAUAAUAAAUCAUUAUUGUACAGGACGUCAAUAAUUCAAUUUUGCUUCAAUCAAAGCUAAUAAAAAAUUUUCCAUUGCAAAUAUGAACAACAAAAGUUUAUAAAUGUUUUAUUUUUCUGUCAUUGAAAUAGUUAAUUACAAAAUGUUCCAAUGUCAAACACGCAGUUCAUAUUGCUUUGAAUAAUGUAAAUAUAUCAUAAUAUAUAUAAAAUAUUAUCUAUAUAAAUUAACUAUUCAAAUUAAAUGGAACUCUAUUACAGAAUGAAGUAAAAUUUUACAGAACAGUUGUAUAAUGUAACACAAGUGAAUUAACAGGAAUUUAGGAUGACAAAUACAUCAAAAGAAUUUUUCUGAGUCACACUCAAAUAGAAAAUAUGUCAUGUUGGAGAUUGCGCCAUCUGUAGAUACCAUUGAUUACAAAAACAUUGAUUAUUCAUUAAAAAAAACAAAAAAAAAACAUGAUAUAUAGUUUAUUUCAUGAUUAGAAAGGAUGAUGCUUUUUUUUUACAUUUAAAAAUACAUUGGUGUAUCUCAUGCAGUUUUAAUUUCAUGUUGCUAGUCCACAAACUUUUUAAUAACCCCUCGUAUAUUUGAAAAAAAUUACAAAUAAGAUACAAAAAAUAUCAUUUAAUUUUAAGGGUACCCUAUCUUGCAAAGUAAGUACAUUGAACUAUAUAUGACCAAUAACUUAACAUGAUAGAGUGCCAUCCAGACUCCUGAUUUUUAUGUACAAUAUUUUAUUGAAGAUUUUUGA